AUGAGCGAUAAGAUGAUGUGUCAAAAUCCGGAUGGUCUUUCGCGCGACCUCUUGGGCAUCUAUGAAGUUUUCCAAUAUUUCGAAACCCUACCGGUUCAAUAUGCACAAGCAUCUAUGCACAGCGUCAUCAUAUUCGAGGUACUUCAAUUGUAUAUUACGAUCUUGAUAGGGGAAUCUAUUAUUGGCGCAAUCCCCAUGGCUUAUAAUGCAGGGCUUGCGCCUAGUCCAGGCUCUCGGCGUUCCACGAGACAAUGGCCACGAGUCUUCAACGAUGAAAGGAAACCCUUAGAGCUCUAUCCAUGGAUGAAACCACUGCGCGAACGUUCGGGACGACGUGAUGGUAUCGAACUGUUCAUGCGGCGAUACGAUGACGGCAGAACACCAUACCACGUCAAGGCUGUGAUCGACUACUGCAGCGGUUUUGGCGAAGAACAAUUCAGGGAUACCAAAGCGAUGAGCCAGGAUAGCGCAUGGCUGGACGACAGAGCUGCUCCGCCUGCUCCAAUACCUCCCAGUAGAAGGAAAACGACCGCCUCGCACGCCUUACCUUUGCGAAAACCAAACGUCGAGUGUGACAUUACCGAUGCUCACAUACAACAUCCGCUAGCUUCAUCACAAGACACAGCGCUUACAGCUAGAUCCUAUGACGAAUGUCUGACCGCGUGGGAUUUGAGACGUCAUCUCUUCGUGAGUCGAUUCAAUCAUGAUCGUCUCGAGGAUGCAGACCGUCGACUUAUACACAUCGCGGAUCCAUCCCCAUGUCAUAUGCUCGCUUUGACUGAGACCGCAACAGAACACCAGGCCUCAGCUAUUCAGAAUCUUCUCGGACAAUACCUUACAUUUCGAGCAUCUAUGAAAGUACGGAUCUCCACUGAAGGAUACCCUGUCUUCCAGCUUGAACACCAUUUCCCCUAUUUUGGACUGUACACGAAAAGCCUCGAUGAUGUAGGCAAGUCUGGAAGCAAAAGAGCCAAUCGCCAGAUAUUGGUGGACCUCUCUUUCCUGGACCCAACGAACGAACCAGGGACGUGCGGAAUCUACCAGGCGCGAUCGUAUUUCACUCUGUCCGGUUCGGACAAUAACCGUUGGGUCGCGUAUGAUCUGGAAGACAUAAGCUUUGAUCUAGACCGUGCCAUUGGGGAUGAUGAGUGUAAUGAUUUCUGGCGCUCCGAUCAAAUAUCCAUGGGCAAAUUCAACGCUAAUCUUCCCUUCUCCGACGCUCGAGAGUACUUCCUUGCCAUCAGCCUUGUAAAAGCGAAUCAUGCCCGAAAUGAGAUCGAAAGCAUUGUUGGGCAGAUUGAAGCUUCGUUCCGGCAUCAUAUGACUUGCCACCCAUUCUCCGCUGCAUCUGCGGCCGAGCAGUCUGCCAUCUCCAAAUGGAACGAACCUAUGCUGGAGCUUCUGGCCAUGUUGAUAAAGGAUAUUAGGACGAAAGUGAACCGUUGGGAUAGCUUCAAGUGUAAGCACCUCGAUUACUUCGACGAUCCGAAUGCAACGUUACCACCCCGCGUCAUCGAACACAUCGGACGCACUAUCAACGGGCUGGAAGACGUGUAUGAGGAGUUGAGGGAGUAUGAGGAGACGCUGUCUUCCAUUCAAAAGUCUUGCAAGGAGCUUGGCGAGCGUCUGGAUCGUCGCCUCAGUUUGAAAGGAGGAAAGAUUGGCGAGUUCACUGUUGUUAUCAUUUCUCCCGUAGUUAUCGUUUCUGGGGUGGUGGGAAAGGCUGUUGCGAAGGAGCCGGAUGGCGAGAAAGCGUUGAGAUAG